UGAAAGGGUUAUUGUAUUGACGACCUUUUACUCAAUUUUCUCAUGUUAAGACGGUGACAUUCUAUUUCAAUUAAAUCAAUUUGAACAGCCGUAAGUUUAACUCUCUGGAAAAAUGGCUCCACAAAGCAGGACAAGUUGGUUUCCUGAAGUAGUGAUCGAUGGAGACACGGAGUCCGAGGAAAGCUCGUCGUCGGAUGCUGACGAGGAAGAAGUUUUACCUGAAGAGACAAUAGAAGAAGAGUCGAAGAAGAAUAAAGGGAAAACACCAAUCACUAUUAGUCUCAAGAAAGUUUGCAAAGUUUGCAAGAAAACUGGUCAUGAAGCAGGGUUCAGGGGUGCCACUUAUAUUGAUUGCCCUAUGAAACCAUGUUUUCUCUGCAAAAUGCAUGGCCACACUACAAUGACUUGCCCCCACCGAGUAACUACAGAUUAUGGAAUUGUCACAGCACCACGCAAGAGCGCAACUAAUCCUUUAGAAUUUGUUUUUCAACGCCAGCUACAGCCACGGGUUCCUCCAAUCAAGCCAGCGUAUGUGAUCCCAGAUCAAGUCCACUGUGCAGUUAUCAGGUACCACAGUAGGCGAGUCACAUGCUUGGAGUUCCAUCCUACAAACAACAGUAUUCUUUUAUCUGGUGACAAGAAAGGCCAACUUGGCAUCUGGGAUUUUGGGAAAGUACAUGAAAAGACAGUAUAUGAGAACAUACACAAUUGUAUACUUAACAACAUGAAGUUCAAUCCGACAAAUGAUGGAUCCCUAUAUGCUACUUCAUCGGAUGGAACAAUCAGUUGUACUGACCUAGAGACAGGAAUUUCAUUCUCACUAAUGAACCUUAAUCCUAAUGGAUGGGAGGGACCAAGCAGUUGGAGGAUGCUUUACGGGUUGGAAGUUAACUCAGACAAAGGUGUUGUCCUUGUUACUGAUAAUUUUGGAUAUCUUUACAUGGCUGAUAUACGGAGCAAUAACGUAAUGUGCGAACCAAAUUUGAUUCACAAGAAAGGAACUAAAGUUGUUGGUCUAAACUGCAAUCCUCUUCAACCAGAUCUGCUUUUGAGCUGUGGGAAUGAUCACUUUGCUCGAAUAUGGGAUAUGCGCCGCUUGGAAGCUGGGUCUUCUCUUUAUAAUCUUGAACAUAAGCGUGUUGUUAGUUCUGCAUAUUUUUCUCCACUAAGUGGAAGCAAAAUACUUACUACUUCACUGGAUAAUCGGAUUCGUGUGUGGGAUUCAAUCUUUGGCAACCUUGAUUAUCCAAGCAGAGAAAUUGUUCAUAGUCAUGAUUUUAACCGAUAUCUUACAGCAUUCCGAGCAGAAUGGGAUGCAAAGGACUCAUCAGAAUCUCUUGUUGUCAUUGGGCGUUACAUUAGCGAAAAUUAUGAUGGAGCUGCUUUGCAUCCCAUUGACUUUAUCAACAUCAGUACUGGGCAGUUGGUUGCAGAGGUCAUGGACCCAAACAUAACAACUAUUAGUCCGGUGAACAAGCUACAUCCACGUGAAGAUAUUCUUGCAUCUGGUAGUUCAAGGUCUCUUUUCAUUUGGAGGCCUAAGAAGCCGGACAUUGCACAACCUAGAGAAAAGAGGAUGUUAUUAUGCGGGGAGGUCGGUAAAAAACUUAGCAAGAAGCAUGGUAAUAAUAGUGAUGAUGAUUCUGACAAUGAUAUAUUCAGAAGCAAAGGAUAACGGCGUCGAGCAGAAGAAACUUCCAUCAAAAUCUUCAUAUGGUUCCAGGAAAAGCUGUCAACUUUAAGACCAAAUGACACCUCUGCCUACGAUAACUAUGAGCAUAAAGCGCAUUUUGUUGAGAAACUCUGCUUCUUUUCCUUGGGAGGGCUGUGGCUCAACUGUAUUAUAGUGUUUUUUUGGAGUAAACGAGGUAGUAUCUGCGUGUCCGCGUCCACUCGGUAUUAUAUUAUUCCCGUCUUAUCCUUCUUCCAACAGUGUCCAUUUUACAGUUAAAUCAUACCAUUUAACUACCCA